GACGAUGGGUUCUCUGGAGACUCCUGUCAACGAAGAGAAAAACGGAACCACAACCGCGUCCGCCACCGGAGCCGCUGAUUCUUCCGACCGAAAGCCUCCGUCUUCUAGCAAUGGUUCGGCACCUCCUUCUGCGGAGGCAGCGCCCUCUUUGGCACCGGCUGAACCGGAUGUAGCCAAGAAGAGGAAGACGAGCAUGCUUCCCUUGGAGGUGGGGACUUGCGUCGCGUGCCGCUGGAGGGACGGAAAAUACCAUCCCGUUAAGGUCAUCGAGCGCAGAAAGAUGCCGGUCGGUGGACUUAACGAUUACGAAUAUUACGUUCACUACACCGAGUUUAAUAGGAGACUUGAUGAGUGGGUAAAACUUGAACAGCUUGAUCUUAAUUCAGUUGAGACUGUUGUUGAUGAAAAGGUGGAAGACAAGGUGACAAGCUUGAAAAUGACACGUCACCAGAAGCGAAAGAUUGAUGAGACACAUGUGGAGGGGCAUGAGGAGUUAGAUGUUGCCAGUUUGCGUGAACAUGAAGAGUUCACAAAAGUGAAAAAUAUAGCAACGAUAGAGCUGGGAAGAUAUGAAAUUGAGACAUGGUACUUCUCACCCUUUCCACCAGAAUAUAAUGAUUGUGUGAAGCUGUACUUUUGUGAAUUCUGCCUAAAUUUCAUGAAACGGAAAGAGCAGCUUCAGAGGCAUAUGCGAAAAUGCGAUCUCAAGCAUCCUCCCGGUGAUGAGAUCUACCGCAGUGGUACUUUGUCAAUGUUUGAGGUGGAUGGCAAAAAGAACAAGGUUUAUGGGCAGAAUCUCUGUUAUCUGGCAAAGUUGUUUCUUGACCAUAAGACCCUUUACUAUGAUGUUGACUUGUUUCUAUUCUAUGUUUUGUGUGAAUGUGAUGAUCGAGGAUGCCACAUGGUUGGAUAUUUUUCCAAGGAAAAGCAUUCAGAGGAAUCCUACAAUUUGGCAUGCAUCCUUACGCUUCCUCCUUAUCAAAGGAAAGGCUAUGGGAAAUUUUUAAUUGCCUUCUCUUAUGAACUCUCAAAGAAAGAAGGUAAAGUUGGAACACCUGAAAGGCCCCUAUCUGAUCUAGGACUAUUGAGCUAUAGAGGAUACUGGACCAGGGUUCUUUUGGACAUCUUGAAAAAGCAUAAGGGCAACAUUUCUAUUAAGGAGCUUAGUGACAUGACAGCCAUCAAAGCAGAGGAUAUCUUAAACACCCUUCAGAGCCUAGAAUUGAUCCAGUACAGGAAAGGUCAACAUGUGAUAUGUGCAGAUCCCAAGGUGUUGGAUCGUCAUCUAAAAGCUGCUGGGCGUGGUGGUCUGGAGGUUGAUGUUAGCAAAUUGAUCUGGACUCCUUACAAAGAACAGAGUUGAUGGUAGCAGAGUCAUCAGAUUCUUGUUGUCCGAAGUAGUAGGCUUAAGAGUUUAAAUUGCCUCUUCCCUUUCACAAAACUGAGUCUAAUGGUAUCAACUUCGUCUGUACUUGCUAGUGUAGGAAAUGUAAAUGACCUGCCUGUAUAAAUAGGUUUAAGAAAUUAGAAAAUAUUAGAUUGGGAAGGCCUUGGGCCUUCAAGUACCAUGUAUUUGAAUAGCUUAUACUGUCAUCUGCUACAUGUAUAAUUAAUUGUUAUGAAGAGAGAUGUAGUCCACCAAUAUAAUGAUCUCUUCUACACAAGCGUUUUUGUUUAUGAUGUUUCCUCUAUUGCAA